CUGCUCUCAAACCUGAGGGUGAGCCACGGCGUCGUCGCACCCGGCGUGACUGUCCGAAUGGCAGCACGCCGGCGCACCGGCGCCCUUGCUGCGUUACGCCCCAAGAGCAGGCGCGUCCCGCGGCGGCGACGUGACUUAUUUGCUGCCCCACCAUCCCCAGCACCCCCAGCUGCGUUUCUGGGAGCCGCGUACUGGGGCGGUGACAGACGGCGAGACGAAUGGACAUACGUUACGUUGGAUACGAACCGCACCGCGAAUUACGAUCGGUCGGGACGCGCUUUGUUGGCCGCGCGAUAGUCGGCGGCCCGUCGCCGCGUCGCCGCGCCAUCAUUCUUUGACGGCGCCGGCGCUCGUAAUCUUUCGUAUGAUGUGAUGUUGAUUGUUCUGUACAUAUUAUUAUUGAGGCUGGGACUCGCGGUUGGAAACCUGUUUUAGUGUGCUCUGGGAGCACAUUUGAACUGAGGGAGGCUAGCACUCCGCGUAGCGCUCUACCGCCUCUCAAGUUCUACUCCGCGUUAGCUCUCACUGCAGCGACACCGCGCGCCGCGAAACCUUUGCUCAAAGGGCACCGCCAGGCCCUCAAUAGAGCCCAGUCUUUGGGAGGCUGAAAAGCAGCCUAGCUGCCGCCACGCGAGCCGACGGCGCGACAACACCUAACGCGGUACGUGCCCGAGACCUUCGCGGACGCCGCCACGCGCUUCUCCUACGUAACCGACGCUUGCAAACCAAACGCUACGUAUUCCGAUGCCGUCGCGGAAACAGGAACCGAUUCCAUGCACCGUCCUCCCCGAGUUCUAUGGGAAUGUCUAUGAGGUCAACCUCAGCGGGAACCGCGGCGAGGACGGCGUCGUCAUCAAACCGGACAAAGGGAAGCUCUGGGACGUGUCGAUGGAAGUCCUGGACGUUGAUGAGGCCGAGGCUCUACUAGACUCGGUCCCGAAGAUCCGCGAGGUCCGAGACCUCGCCCGCGCGGCGCUGGCGCCCUACAAAGAGCACGACCCGGACAUGCGAAAAAAGGGCGGCUCCGGCACGAUCGGGCUGACGUGGAGCCUGCAGAGGAACCGGCGGGGCGUGCCGAAGCUGACGCAGCUCUACUUCUUCCAGAAGAAGCUGGGCAUUGUAGUGAGUGAGGACUACGCCGGCUCCUUCCGCAUAGAACCCGUCAUGGACGCCUUCUUUGCCGAGGACGCCGAGGUCUACCAGCUCGAUUUAGAGGUCACACAAUGCCCACUCACGCACAAGGCCGAGGGCGUGGCGUGGUGGAGCGGAGUGACGUACUUCGGGGCCGCGGAGAGCCAUUUGAUCCAGCAGAUGCCGAUCGCGCGCGUGCCGUCCUACGGCCUCACGAUAGCCCAGCGGGCCGUUAUUGAGAGGCUCGUCGAGGAGAACCCGCAGCACGGGCUGCGGUGGCUGCUGCGUGCUGACGGCGGCACGGAGUUCGAGGUGGGGGUCUCGAACCUCGGGAAAAUGACGCCGGAGGCCGCCGCGGCACACCUGCGGUACGUGGCUCAGCGUCGAAUUGGCGCCUUCAGAUCGACCUCACGGUUACCAAACUCACCGGUCGACGUCCCGCAGGCUUGUCAACGCCGGACUAGCUUUACGAGGCAAGGGCGACCUCCUCACGAUCUCGGAGCCGUAUCGCUUCACGGCGGGCCCCACCGGGACUGGGGCUACCUACGGCAAGGCCACUCAGUUCACGGCGGGCCCCAACGGGUAUGGGGCUCAAGUUCGCUACCAGUCUGGCGAGGACCACCUGUCAAAAACGCAAGCGAUGGAGCCAUGGAUGCUCGCGAAGUCGCACGCUCGGAACUACUUCAUGCUUAUUAACCUCGCGUUGCACUGCGCCGCGACGGACGAGCGGCCGGAGUCGUGGGCGAGCCGGUUGCUGACGCGGCCGAAACUAGCGCUCGAAUCGCUCAAGACGUUGGAGUUCCGGGACUCGGUUCGGACCGGGGCGCCGGUGGAGGACCUGAAGAUCGUCGGCGCGCGCGUGAACCCUGGUAGGGGCGGCUGGGAGCGCAAGUACGUCUUCGACGUGCUGCGCGAGGACGGCGGCGUCGGCGAGUGGGCGUCGUAUGAUAUUGCCGUCGCUUUGAAGUUGAUCGGCCCGCGGACGAAGCCGCCGUCUUCACCGGGGGGAGGGGGGAGACCCUGGCAGCACCUGAUGAAGCCCUGGCCUGUAUUCUCGCGCCGGCGCAAGCGCGCGCGGCGCUAGGCAUGUGCUAAGGAGAUAUUAGGAUUUACAAUGUCGGUACGUAUAACGAGUCACAUGCUUACUAGUCGCGUAUCAAUAGAAGUUCUGCGGCGGCACGGGUGGCAUCGGCGGCGCGCCAUACUGAGGAGGCGGGUAUUGCUGCGGCGGCGGCCCCAGGCCGUACAAGCCGCCCUGGUUGUUGUACUCGGCGGCGAAGCGCCCGUCGGCCGGCGCCGCGCCCUGCAUGUAGCCGCCGCCGCGCAUCGCACUAUAUGAACGCACGGGCGGCUGGAGCGUGUUUCGCGGUGGAUAGCUCCGGUCGACGGCGCCGGCGAAAUCCGGCGGCGGGCCCGGCUGGUACGGUUGUGCCGUAGCGUUGAAUGAGUUCGACCGUUCUGCUCGAGGUCGUGGCGGCGGCGGGCCCCGUCUUC